AUGUCUGCUGUCACACUUCGCUCCGCGCUGCAAAGCCAGCCCGUGUCCUAUGGCUUCUGGUUGACUCUCCCCAGCGCCGCCGUCGCAAAGACCAUCCUCCGCCGCAGCCCCGAGUACUCGGAAGGCGGAUUCAGCUGGGUCCUCAUUGAUGCCGAGCAUGGCCUGAUCAACGAUAGCCACUACUACGAGCUCACAAACGCCAUCGGCCAUGAAGGCGCUAGCCCAAUCAUCCGCGUCCCCUGGCCCGAAGAAUGGAUGAUCAAGCGCGCUCUCGACGCAGGCGCUCACGGAAUCAUGACUCCCAUGUGCCACACCGCAGAGGAUGCCGCCAAGGUUGUUAGUUACUGCAAGUACCCGCCUGUCGGAGUGCGCGGCUAUGGACCUAUGUUUGCGCCGCAUUCUUUCCCUGGUGUGAAGCCGGCUGAGUAUGAUGAGAAGACUCAUGGGGAGGUUUUGGUUGUUGUACAGAUUGAGUCGAGGCCUGGUGUUGAGAAUGUGGAGAAGAUUGCUAAUGUUGAGGGGCUUGAUGUGUUGUUUAUUGGACCCUUUGAUCUUGCUAAGCAGAUGCGUGUUACUCGUGGCGGUGAGGAGCAUGAGGCUGCUAUUCUGCGUGUUUUGAAGGCUGCCAAGUCUGCCGGCAAGAAGGCUGCUAUCUUCUGUUCUGAUGGUGAUGAUGCUCUUAGACGCUCGCAGCAGGGCUUUGAUAUGGUUUCUAUCAUUACUGAUGUUGGUGUCUUUGGUGAUGGGAUGCUGCGCGAAUUAGAAAAGGCCAAGGGUACUACUAAGGCUGAGGGAAAGCGUGAUGGAUACUGA